ACGGAGAACGGACGUCGGAUCUUAAAAAGUAUGUCAUAGUGAACAAGAAUAUUACAAAAAAAAUGGAUCACCAAAAUUUGGAUAAAACUUCCUCCAUAUACCCAAUGCUACCAAAGGGGGAGGACAACACAAUUAUUCUGACCCAGAGAAACGGGCCCAGAAUCUUGAUUAGGGAAGACACGAUAUUGCAAGGCUGCGCCGGUUGUGGUAGAGCUCAGUUCGCUUGCUCGGGCAUGAAAAAAAAAUGGACGGCUCUGUGUUGGGGAAAGCAGUCGGAUAAGAAAUAUUAUUGUUCUCUGGUGCUGCUGUCCGCCACUUUCGCGCUCAGUCUCCUCGGCACGAUAUUCUUCUGCUUCACCAACAUCAUCAAUGAUGCUAUAUUAUCGAGCAUGGUCCUGAAAAACAACUCUCUCGCGUUUUCAAUGUGGAGGCGACCAACGGUGCACCCCUUGAUGAAAGUCCACCUAUUCAACUACACCAACUGGCAGCGGGUCAAAGACGGCCUGGACACCAAGUUACACGUUGAGGACGUCGGGCCCUACGUUUACUCGCAACAUCUAGAACGAGUGAACAUCGUAUUUGAUAACGACCAGUUGACCUUUCAAGAGCGAAACAAUUUCAAGUUCAUUCCCGAAGCCAGCGCCGGUGCCCACUUCGAUCAAGUAUUUGUGCCGAAUCUACCGCUAUUGGGUGUGUCGGCGAAGGCUGCAAGCGCAAAUGCUUUUAGCCGGUUCGGCAUAAUCACCGCAGUGAACACAUUCGGCAAUCAUAAGGAAGCGUUUCUGAAGCUGCCCGUGCAAAGAUUCCUCUGGGGCUACGAUGAUAAUAUCAUCAAUGUAGCAAAACCAUAUUUGAGUUUAAAAGGACAAUUGAACUUUGAUAAUUUUGGACUUUUGGUGACGAAAAAUGGCACGUCUUCUGACAUUUUCACGAUCAACACUGGAGAGCGUGACAUAAACAGAAUGAAUAUUUUAGAGAAAUUCAAAGGAGAAACUACUUUGCCUUUCUGGGGAAGCCCCGAGUGCAAUUCCAUAGAAGCGUCUGACGGCUCCAUAUUCCCGCCAUCACUUUUGGAUAGAAACCAAACCCUAAAAGUCUUCUUCCCAAACCUGUGCAGGAGGCUACCUUUCAAUUAUGUGAAGGAUGUUGAAAUGGACGGUGUGAAACUGCUCCGAUACGCGAUGCCUAACAACGUGUUCGACGACCGUGAACACAACCCCGCAAACCAGUGCUACUGUCAAGUCGAUACCGGAACUUGUCCCCCGCGAGGCGUUAUUGACGUCACCCAGUGUGCAAUGGGAGCCCCAGCGCUCGCCUCGUUCCCCCACUUCCACCUCGGCGAUCCAGCACUACGAGAGCACUUUGAGGGCAUCAACCCGGACCCGGAUCGUUACCAGUCGUUCCUGGACAUACAUCCCACACUUGGCAUCGCUUUAAGUGGAAAGUCUAACUUGCAACUGAACAUCCAAGUGCAGAAACCGCCAUCAUUCGCCGCUGUCGACUACUUGCAACAAGGACUUAUACUGCCCAUCGCUUGGAUUGAAAUGUCAGUAGAAGACCUACCGGAGAGCCUGCAAUCACUGGUGUAUCACGGCACGUACUCCACCGCAGCAGCUAAGCUUGGGCUGGCGGCCUUCUUCAUAGCAUCCCUCGCCGUGUCGACCAUAUGCCUACUCGUCAUGCUGGUGAGGAGGCGGCAGAAACCCUGCGCCAUUGUCAAGAUCAUCUCUUCAGAUACAGAGUUGAAAACUCAGUUAGGUUAAGAGUGCGUGUGUUGUGGAACUAGAGUGUUAACUCUUUUUGGUUACCCAUGACAUUUGGAAAGAUUGUGGACAGCGUUGAUUACGGACCUCUUAAAUACUGGCCUGGAUGUCAAUAAACUAAUGAUAGCUUAAAUUUUGUCCCGAAUUAAAGCGCCAUAUGUAUACACAUACGUGUGUCUCUGCACAGCUAAAGUCCAUUCGCAAUGAUUUUACCUCUAGCAGUAAGAUUGGUUAUGAACACUUAUCUCACAGGUAAAAUAACUGUGCAACGACUUUAGCAUAUAGCAGGAGAUAUUUUAUUCCACGGGGAAAAUACAUUUUUACCUUCUACAAGUUUUGUCCACUCUGCUAUUAAAGGCUUACCUACGGGCAGAAAUAAUAUACCUACAAGUAGGUGUAAUAAACCUGUCACAAAAUAUCAAACGAAGAUAAACUUAUCCUUUUCCGUGUUGCUGUGUUAUUGGUAGGUGGACAAGUAAAUUUAAGCGGGAUAAAAUUUUUGUCUCCUAAAUAUAAGUACUAUACUGGAACUGAUAAUAAUAAUUGGUGAUAUAGUUCCUUUGAUACUUAAAAUGAAAUGGCUUGAAUUAGAGCGAAAAACAAAGCGACAGCAGCCUGUGCAGUUGUACGUAAUAGAGGUCAGUGAUGUUCAUGAAUGGAUAGUAAAAUGAGUGGAACAGCGUAUUUACGCUUAAGAUCUAUUGUGUUUAUUUGUAUGAGUGUCCCUUACCUUAUUCGAUUGAAUUUUGUUGUGUAAAAUUGCGCACGCGCAGGACUGCCUCCAUUUUUCACCGUUAGAAAAUUCUAUAAUAGUUAGGUACCUACCUCGUGAUCCGACACGAUGUUUCUUUUAAUGCCAUAUGCAAAUCUGCCCGAUUUUUUUGGGAAUGACCAUGGGAAUGUAUGACUGGUAUGAGUAUGUAUACAUCUAUACUUAUAAUAUUGUGUAAUAAAAGAGUGCUUUAACUUACUCUAUUAGUAAUUCCAGAUUAUGAAGUACUCCUACACCUACAAGAAAAAGAGUACGAUUUUCUAUCUAGAGUACGAUUGGCAACCCUCAAACCCUCCCAACCCUAGUUGAGUUUAUUGAACACCAUUGACUUAAGGAAACGGUUCGGAUCGAUCAUACUUUUAUCAAUUCAUUAAAGUAACAGAGAAUAAUUCGAAUUUAGUGAAUUUUGUUUUAACUGUUAAUAAUUACCUAAGCUAAUAAUGUAACACCUAAGUACUAAGUAAGUUAGCUACGUAUGACGAAUAAUUUAGAUAUGAAUAAACUAAAAAAAUAUUAUAUACAACGUGCAACAAAACU